UUAGAACACAACUGUUGGGGCAGGGGGGGCUCAUCCAGGACGGCACAGGAUGGAGAAGGACGGAGGGUCUUGCAGCGCUCAUGAUACUGGAGGGGAAGGAGAAGCCCCUCCGGAACAGAAAGAAGAUGUUCAGGCUGGCCCUGAACCAGGACAUGCUGUAGCCGGAGCGCAGAGCCUGAGUGAUGCAAAGGCAGUGAAGAAGGGCCAAGGCCAUGCUGAAGAGCCAAGCCACGCCAGUGUAGGAGGAGAGAGCUCUGGCAACUCCAAAAGAGUGGAGAAGGGCCAAGGCCAUGCUGAAGAGCCAAGCCACAUUGUGGCAGGAGGAGAGGGCUCAGGUGACACAGUGGGAGCGGAAGAGAAUCGAGGCCAUCUUGAUGGCACCCAAAAGAAGCAACCCCAACUUCAACCAAGCUUUAGCUGCCCAGCAACCCUGCAAAGGCCCGAAGACGUUCCUGAGGAAGCUGCAGCCCUUCCUGGACCUCCAAAUCCCCCCGAGAUGGGGGCUUCCCCUGCCGUAGAGGACCUGCCUCCGGGAGGACCCAAGCCAGCCAAGGACCCUGGCCUGGCAGAGGGACCAGCAGAAGAGCAGCCCAAGCCAGCCGACAAAGAGGCAGACAGGAUUUUGGCUCCAAGCGAGGAGGCCAAGGCCCCGACCUCCUCCGAGGAGACCCGUCCAGCCACUCAGCCGCCUUCCGAAACAAGAGAGGACACGGCGACCCCAGCCGAAGCCGGGUCUCCUGCGGGCGAGGCCCCCUCCAGCCCCUACCUCACACCGGACUUUGGCAAAGAGGACCCGUUCCUUGUCUUGGAUGACACGCCUCCCCCACCUGCGCCGUUCACCCACCGCAUCGUUACACUGAGAACGGCAGAGUUCAAAGACACCUACAGCAUCAACACCAAAGAGACCCUCGGAGGUGGAAAGUUUGGGGAAGUCCGUCUGUGUACAGUGAAGAAGACGGGCCUGAAGCUUGCUGUGAAAAGUAUUAAGAAGCAGGGGCCGAAGGACAGGGAGAUGGCAGAGGUGGAAAUUGAUGUGAUGAACCAGCUGAACCACAGGAACUUGAUCCAGCUGUACGACGCCAUCGAUACGCCCAGAGACAUCAUGCUCUUCAUGGAGUUCGUGGAAGGUGGGGAGCUCUUUGAGCGGAUCAUCGACGAGGAUUACCAGCUGACCGAGGUGGACUGCAUGGUCUUUGUGCGGCAGAUCUGCGAUGGGAUCCUCUUCAUGCACCAAAUGGGUGUUCUCCAUCUGGACCUCAAGCCGGAAAACAUCCUCUGUGUGACGUCCACCGGUCACAUGGUGAAGAUAAUUGAUUUUGGACUUGCCCGAAGGUUCAAUCCCAACGAGAAGCUGAAGGUGAACUUUGGCACCCCCGAGUUCCUGUCGCCGGAAGUGGUCAGCUACGAGCAAGUCUCCUACACCACUGACAUGUGGAGCAUGGGGGUGAUCGCAUACAUGCUGCUGAGUGGACUCUCCCCUUUCUUGGGUGACAAUGACACGGAAACUCUGAACAACGUCCUUGCAGCCAACUGGUAUUUUGAAGACGAAGCCUUUGAGGGCAUCUCAGAGGAAGCCAAAGACUUUGUCUCCCAUUUGAUCAUCAAGGACAAAAGUGGACGCUUGAAUGCGGCACAAUGCCUCCAACAUCCCUGGCUCAAUAACCUGGCGGAAAAGGCCAAACGGGUCAACCGGCGCUUAAAAUCCCAGAUCCUGCUCCGGAAAUAUGUCAUGCGGAGGCGCUGGAAGAAAAACUUCAUUGGCGUCUGUGCUGCUAACCGAUUCAAGAAAAUCACCAGCUCGGGGGCCCUGACUGCCCUGGGGAUCUGAGCACUGGGGUGCCCGGAACUGAGUGGAAAUUGAGCCACAUGUGAAUGGAGGGGAG